AUGUCGUCGAAACAACAACAGGCACCCCGCUUCUGCGCCGACUGCUUCAAGGGCACCCUCCGCGGCGACGUCGAGCCGCGCGGCACCGAGGAGACCCUCUACGGCCUGCCGACGUACGUCGCGCGCCCGGAGCCGGGCCGCGGCGAGCCCGCGGGCGUCGUUGUGAUCCUUCCAGACGUGUUUGGGUGGACGCUGCGCAACUCGCGGGCGCUGGCGGAUGCGUACGCCAACAGGAUCCCUGCGGUCGUGCUGCUUCCCGAGUUGAUGAAUGGCCACGCGAUACCAGAUACUGUGCUGGCCUUGGGCGACGGGAUACAGGGCCAGACGUCGUGGUGGAAAAAGUAUCUCUACAUCGCGCCCGUCAUGAUCGCGACGGUGGUGCGGUACUUUAUCCCCCUCGUCAUCGCCACCCGCUCCGGCGUCAUCGUCCCGCGCAUCAAGAACUAUCUCCGCGCCGUCCGCCUCUCGCCGCCGUCCCCGCUGCCUCCUCAUCCGUCAUCGUCCUCCCCACCAUCUGUCGACACCGGGGCGUCCGCCCCAAAAGCAAUCAAGGUUGGCGUCGCGGGGUUCUGCUGGGGCGGCAAGUUCGUGGUACAACUUUGCCAGCUCGCUGCGGGACCAUUUGGCGGCGGCGGUGGCGGCAGCAGCGGCAGCGAGGGCGAGGGCGAGAGAUUGAUCGACUGCGGGUUCACGGCGCAUCCGAGCUUCCUGACGCUGCCGAAGGAUCUGGAAACCGUGGUGCUGCCGUUGAGCGUGGCGAACGGGGACGACGACAUGAUGAUGCCGCGGGCCAAGAUGGUCGAGGCCAAGGAGUUGCUGGGGAAGAAGGGCGGCGACUUUGAGAUUGUGGAGUACCCCGGCGCCAAGCACGGCUUCGCGGUGAGGGGGGACCCGAAUGAUCAGAGGCAGGCGGAUUUCGGGAUGAGGGCCGAGGAUCAGGCUGUUGGGUGGUUCCGGCGGUGGUUUGGGCAGGGUGCUGAGUGA